AUGGCUAGGAAGAAGAAAAGUAGUGGGAAAAAGAUAUUAGAGAUUGGAUUGAGAGCCUCAAAUCUGAUUUCUGAGGCAUCUGAUGAUCAUUCUGAUGUCCGAAGUGAUGAUGAUGAUGAAGUUUUCAUUGAGAUGGGAUCUACUGGUCCAAAAGGGGCAAAGAAAUCUAGAUCAAUGGCUGACGUGCUGAAUUCAAGCAAUUUGCAGUGUGUUCGUGUUGAUAGAGUUCCAGUGAAUCAAUCUGGAGUUCUUGAUCUCUCUGCUGGCUCUAGUAAAUCUUCUGGACCUAAAGGUGUUCUUGAUCGAGUACCUGUGGAUGUUCAACUAGGAUUUCUUGAUCUCAAUGCUGGUUCUAGUAAGUUCCAAUCUCCUAGAUCUAAAGGUGUUCUUGAUCUUAGUAAGCUUAAAUCUCCUGGAUCUAAUGGCGAUCUCAGCAAGCGUCAAUUUUCUGGUUUUCUUGAUUCUAAUGGAGGUGUUCUUAAAUCUCCUGGAUCUAAUGGCGAUCUCAGCAAGCGUCAAUUUUCUGGUUUUCUUGAUUCUAAUGGAGUUCUUGACCGAAAUAAUCAAUCUACUGGGUCUAAUCAAGCUGUAGAGGAAGCUUCUACUAUAUUGAAUUCUGGUAAAAGAGAUGUAGAAACGAGAGCCUCACCUAAUGGAAAAGCUGAUGGAGUCUUGAUUUCAAAUGAAACAAAGGAUAAAAUUGGAAAAAGCUGGAUUAGUCUGUUCUCAGAUAAUAGGAAACUGGGUAGUGGGAUGAAUCUAAACUAUAUUCCAUCUGAAAACAAAGAUACGGUUUCUUUUGAUGAUAAAGAGUGGAAUGAGGAUAUUUUAAUUUGGCAAUCUUCUCUAAUUGGUCAAGUAAUGGGACUGAAUGUCAAAUUUAAAGCAAUGGAAAGUUAUGUGCAGAAAACUUGGAAAAAAUUGUUGCCAGAAAUCUGUCUUCUCAAACCUGGACUGUUUCUGUUCAAAUUCAAGAAUGUUGAUGAGAUGAAUGAGAUUCUAUGUAAAGGGCCAUGGUUUUUUGGUUCAAGACCUUUGUUAUUGAAGCAAUGGUCCAAUGGUGAGGAGAUUGACAAAAUUAAGGAUUGUGUUUAUCCUAUGUGGAUUCAACUCCCAUCUUUAAGGCUUAACCUUUGGAAUGCUAAGAGCAUUUCUAAAAUUGUUAGUACUAUAGGUUGUCCUAUUGCAACUGAUAGACUUACUGCUAAUAGACAGCGUUUGGCUUAUGCGAGGGUGUUAGUUGAGGUUAAAUUACCAUCUCCCCUACCUGAUCAGAUCAUCAUUCAAGACCCAAAAGGGAAAAAAUAUUCUCAGAAGGUGAUUUAUGAGCUAAAACCUAAGUGGUGUGAUACUUGCAAGCAGGUUGGGCAUGACACAAAAACUUGUAGGAAACUUGUGAAAACACAGAGAUGGAUACCUAAGCAAAGUCAAAAUCAUAAACCUGGAAAUAUUGAGAAGGAUGUGAAUGCUACUCAUGAACAGGGGAGUGUUUCUCAGAAGGGGAAUUCUAGUCUGAUUGGAGUUGCUGUGCAUGAUAGCAGUGUACAGGCUGAGCAUGUGCACUUUGCUAAUACUGGUGAACAAAUAUUUGGACAUGUUAAUAAUUCACAUCUGCUUUCCAAGGAGAUGAUUGCUGAGGAUGGGAUAAGGACUGCAAUUCAAGCCUCCAGUUCUGGACAGCAGGCUGUGCACAGGUCUGUGCAUGUGGUGCAUGUCAAAGAGAAAUGUCCAGAAGAUAAUCUGAGUCCAGGUUACUCUACAAAAGGGAAUACUCCAUGGAUUCAAGUUCAAAAUGGUAAAAAGAAUAAGGAUAUUAUACAUGCCUUGCUUGAAACAAAAAUUAAAAGUGAUAGGAUUCAGAGUGCAGUGCAGAGAAUUGCUAGAAACUGGAAUUGGAUAUCCAAUGCCAGCAAUCAAAGUAAAGCCAGAAUUCUGAUUAUGUGGGAUUCAAAUGUGUUUGGAGUUCAAAUCAUCAAUAUAUCUGAUCAGAGUGUCACAUGCAAAGUCAAUUCCUUAGAUGGCAGAAUGGAAUGUAUUAUUACAUCAAUCUAUGCUUUUAACCAAAUGGAGGCUAGGAAGGUGUUAUGGGAUGAAUUGAAGUCUGCUCAACAGUCAAUAAGGAAUGAACCAUGGCUACUAUGUGGGGAUUUCAACACUGUCAUCAACAGUGAGGAGAAGAUUGGAGGAUCAAUAGUCUCUGAAUCUGAUACUAAGGAUUUCAGAGAUUUCAUUGAUGAUUGCCAUCUAAAUCAACUUAAAACUACAGGAUGCUUUUAUACUUGGAAUAAUAAGCAGGAUCAUGAUUCUAGAGUGUGGUGUAAACUGGAUAGGGCUUUGGUGAAUGAUACAUGGCUUCUUAAGUACAAUGCUAGUCAGGUUGAGUUCUUGCUCCCUAAUUGCUCUGAUCACUCACCUGCAUUAGUAACAAUUUUUGAGGAUUGCUCAAAAGGAAAGAAACCUUUCAGGUAUUUCAAAAUGUGGUCUAAACAUGACUCCUUUAUUCCUGUUGUGUCUGCUAUUUGGCAGACAAAAGUAGAGGGGUUUAAAAUGUAUACAGUAUGUAAGAGGCUUCAGCUGCUGAGAGGAGCUCUUAAGGAAUUAAACAAGAGGCAUUAUGCUAAUAUCAGUGAGCAGUUUUUGAGAGCUAGAAGGGCUCUUGAAGAAGCUCAGGGCAGGCUCCAAAAUUCCCCUCUCAACCCAGAGAUCAAAGCUAAUUUUCAUCAGAAUAAGGUGUUGACUCUAUUCAAUGCCUUAGGUCAGAGAAUUUCUGAUCAAGAGGAAAUAGCUAAGGAAAUGGUGUUAUACUACAAGGACCUAUUGGGGUCAGAUACAGAAACUAUCACUCCAUACACUCAUGUUAUUCAGACAGGGCCAUGUUUAACUGUUGCUCAAGUUGACAUGCUUUCCAAGCCUGUUUCUAGAGAGGAAAUAAAAAGUGCAAUAUUCUCAAUGGAUGAAAAUAAAGCACCAGGACCUGAUGGGUAUGGGGUUGCCUUCUAUAAGUCUGCCUGGUCUGUGAUAGGACAGGAGGUGAUUUUGGCUAUUGAGGAAUUCUUUAAAAAUGGUAAAAUGCUGGGAAUGGUAAACUCUACCUCUAUCACUCUUAUUCCUAAGAUAAAAUGCCCAGUUUCUCCCUCUGAUUAUAGGCCUAUUUCCUGCUGUAACUGCAUCUAUAAAUUCAUAUCCAAAAUUCUAGCUAACAGGAUUAGACCAAUCUUGGGGAGCAUAGUGAAUGAUGCUCAAAGUGCUUUUGUCAAAGGUAGACAAAUUUCCAGUAACAUCUCCUUGGCACAUGAGCUUGCUAAAAGCUACAGUAGGAAGGGGAUUUCACCAAGAGUUAUGUUGAGUAUUGAUAUUAGAAAGGCCUUUGAUACAGUUAACUGGAAAUUUUUGAAGAAAAUGCUUGAAGGUCUGGGUUUCCCUAGAGUGAUGGUCAAAUGGAUUUUGGCUUGCAUCUCUUCCCCUAGAUUUUCUAUUUCCCUAAAUGGAUCUCUUCAUGGCUAUUUUGAGGGUAAGAGGGGCUUAAGGCAGGGAGACCCCCUUUCUCCAUAUUUGUUCAUCUUGGAAAUGGAAUACUUAUCAAGGAAAUUGGAGCUUUUAAAGGAAGAUAAAUUGUUCAGAUAUCAUCCUAUGUGUGGUAAGCUCAAAAUAUCCCACCUAAUAUUUGCGGAUGAUCUGCUGCUUUUCGCCAAGGGAGACUUAUAUUCAGUCCAAAAACUUUAUCAUUGUGUGAAGGAUUUUAGUGCUACUACUGGUCUGGAAGCUAAUCUGAGCAAAUGCUCAAUUUACUUUGGAGGUGUGAAUGAAAAUACCAAAACAGCAAUUACAAAUAUGCUGGGGUUUUCUGAAGGGACUCUUCCAUUCAAGUAUUUGGGUGUACCUCUCAUCUGUAAGAGGUUAACAUUCAUAGAUUGUAACCCAUUAUUGGAUAAAAUCUCUGGUCAGUUUCAGAAGUGGCUUAGACAUAGUAAUCUAUCAUAUGCAGGAAGGCUUCAAGUGAUCAAAAGUGAGAUAUUAGGAGUUCAAAAUUACUGGACAACCAAUUUUGUUCUUCCUGUCAAAGUCACUCAGAAGAUAGAUGAGCUGUGCAGGAAAUUCUUAUGGGGGAAGUCUGAUACUACUUUCAGAAUCCCAUUGGUCUCAUGGGAUAAAGUUUGUUAUCGGAAAAAACAGGGUGGGUUGGGAGUUUUCUCUGCUUCUGUUUGGAAUCUGUCUUCAGCAUUAAGGAGCCUAUGGCUAAAAAAGAGAAUUCUUGGAUGUGGAAAUUUAAAACAUUGGGAUAUAUGGCACGUAAAGGCUAAAAAAGAGAAUUCUUGGAUGUGGAAGCAGCUGAUCAAGUGUAGGGACAGAGUUGUGGCUGCUACUGGAGGGAUUGACAACUUGAAGAAGACUCUCAGUGCUUUCUAUAAAGAUUCUAAAUUGCAGUUAUCUGCAGUUUACUCUGUUUUCUCCCCUGGUUCACAUAUGGUUCCUUGGUACAACACAAUAUGGGGAAAGCUGAAUUAUCCGAAGCACACAUUUGUACUGUGGCUUGCUGUGCAGAACAGAUUACUCACACAGGAUAGGUUGAUGAGAAGAGGAACCAUUAAUUCAAAUAUAUGCCUACUAUGUGCAGGAACUGCCUCUGAAACAAGAAACCAUUUGUUCUUUGAUUGUCCAUUUUCAAGAGAGGUGUGGUUAGCCAUCAUGGACUGGCUUAGAAUGACUUGGCAAUCUUGUGAAUGGGAAUUGCUCAUGAAUUGGUUCUACACCAGACAAAGGGGGAAUGGAUUCAAAACAAAUGUUAGGAGGUUGGCUCUUGCGGCUACUGUGUACAGAUUGUGGAUAGAAAGGAAUAACAGAUUUUUUCAAAAAGGAGUUACAGGUGCUGCUCAUUUGGUUAAGAAUAUCAAAUUUGAUAUCUUAACUAUUUGCCUAAAUAGUUCUAUCUUAGAUGAAUAUAGGGAUUGGAUAAUAUCCUUGUAA